CAUUUUGUUUUGCCAUCAUGGGCCACCCCGCUGUUUGGCCAUGGGCACUCCCAAGCGAGGCUGAUGAGUCUUCCACUAAAGCACUCCAAGGCUCCGAUGGAGUACUCAAAAGCACAGGAGGGGCCGGGCCCUCACUAUUUGAACAAUGCUUGCCAUUUGUGUGGGAGCGAUUGAGGGAUGCGAGAAAAGGUGCAAUUCCUCGUGAACACAGAGACGGAACAGAGGUGCAAUUUUUGUACCGUGACAACUACGUGACAGUGGUGCAUGUUCAAACAGGAGAGGAAAUAAGGGUAGGCAUGCUAAACGGACCAGGAGGUAUUCGCGAGCCUUCACCUGGCCUGGACGUCUCACUUCUCAUUGCAAGCUGCUGCAGCAAAGUACAAGAGCCCAUGGUUCUGGAAGGACGCGCCCCACAAAAUCCCGGGCUGUACAUGAUUUGGCGCUGGGAGAGGAGCUUUGAAGAAUUUAGACCACCUGAUCCUGAUGACUUUGCCGAUCUACAUGCAAAGCCGAGUGCAGACUGGAGUUGCUUUUUGGCAUGGAUGGUGGUAGACAGUGGACAAUCUUCAAAUCCAGAUGAACUUAUUGAGGGCACGCUCUUUGAAGCAGCAGAUCAGGGCCAUGCCUCUGAUCCGGAAACAGGUGGGCCAAUCACAGCCACUGAUCCGUUGCUCCAAGAUGGCGAACCGAAUGAGUCUUUGGUGGUCGACUACGUGGGCGAUGAGCCGCAUGGAGGGCCAGUUUCUUCGGGGCAAUUGACAGUACAUGUCCGUUUGGUGAGUGGAUUUAAGUGCAAUGUUUCAGCCCAUGCUGAAGAUACUGUGAAAAGUCUGUCAGACCGCUGCAUGAAAGCCAUGGGUUUUCUAGCGCACCCUCCGAUUUUUGCACAGCUGGUUUUAGGGGAUACAAAACUCACUGACCACCAGAUUCUUGGAGAGUGUGGAGUAGAUGAUGGUGCUGAUGUGCUCUUGCUGUUGGCGAAUUUGCCACCGGGACUUAGUGAAUUGGGUUUUUCCGAAAAACACCCAAAGAUACUUCGGGCCUAUUUUGACCAACACUCGGUUGCACACACAGACUUCAUGGAUGAGGAUCAAGGUGUUUGGGACCAACUCAGGACAAGAAGACGCCACUUGAUGCAGCGGUUGGACGGCAAUGGCAGAGACGUUGAUGUCCGCUUGUUCCGAGGUGAUCUGCCUACUACAGUCCUUCAUGCACAUCCUGGGGAGCAAGUACAGGUACGUGCCACAGGCAGUGUGCAGAAUGCGGACCUUGGCACCAAUAUAGUGCAGGUGCUGCUCGGUGUGGACACGAAGGUCUCCGCGGAACUCUAUGAGGGCAUUCCACGAACCAAAGAAGCAUUUGAGAGGAAAGUGAACAUCAGAGCGCCUGAACAGGGUGGAAUCUACAUGAUCUGGAAAUCCUUGUGGGAGAGGUAUACUAUGGAACAAGCUCUCCGAGACUUUAGUUUGGGAAACCAGCAGGUGAGACCUAACCUAGUCUGGAAUGACUUUGUUGCAUGGCUUGUUGUCGAGAUAGAAGUUGAAGUCCGCGAUGAGUGUGGAAUCUGCAAGCAGAUCGCAGCAUCUCCAGAUAUCUCGGUUCGCCAGUUGAAACACAACUUCUCGCGCGCGUCCGGCCUUCAGCAUGAAGGGAAAAUGCUGAUUUUUGGGAAGAAAGUUCCGAGUGAUACUUGGAUGCUUGCAAAUUGCGGUGUUCGCGAUGGCUGCAAACUAGAUUUGAUUCAGAUUAGCAACAGUUGGCCAUGGGCACUCUGCAAGGAUUCAAGUUGGCAAACCUUCAAAGAUAUGGGUCGCACCCUGGUUUUUGGCGAGGCGAACUUUGGCGCUGCUGGUCCAGCUGCUGUGCUGGGAUUUAUGACCCAACUCUGCGACGGAGAACAUUGCUGGACUAUCCGCAUACACGACGAAGCAGCCAUGGUGGGUUUUGUCACUGAUACGUGGCUCCAAAGUGCGCCUGGUGAUGCUGCAGGGCCAGGCUGCUGGUUCCAACAGGUGGAGGCCACCAAUUCGGAUCUUUUGCUGCUGUUGAAGUUGAAAGGCACAAUUGCAUCAGUGACAGUGAAAAGGGCCGAGGAAGGUGCUUCAGAGAUGCUUGCAAUCUUUCCCGUCGAUUUUGCUGGCGCGCCACACUUUGGCAUGACUUUGCAUCCUGCGGUCUACAGCCAGUGCGAAUGUGGAGAAAUUGCAACAAUCCUUUCAUAUGAGGGCCCGCAGCCGCAUCCAGUGGAGAAAGCAAAUGACAUUACAAAUGUCACUUGUCACCUGCAACUUUCAUCUUGUGAUAGCCACAGCCUUGACUGCUCUUCGUUGUGCAAAGCUGUUUUCACCCUGCCCACUGGUCAGCUUCAGAUACCAUGCAAGAACAAAGAUCGCAUCUCGCAACUGUGCUUGGAGUUGGCGUCCAAGCUUCAGCUAUCGCCUCACCAAAUCAGUCUACAAGAUCUUUUCACCUCUCAACCACUUGUCGAUGUGCCACUGGUGACGGAAACCGUGGGGAACACGGCCGAUGCUGGCGACGCCUUGCCAGAGAUGCCUCUACAGGAGAUGGACGCUGGUGCGCAUUUUUCCAGAGCUUUUCAAGGUAUUCUCGUUUCUGAGGAUGGCGACUUCUAUUUGACUUGCCAGUGGACUCCCAAACAGUCUUGCAAUGAAGACUUUCUUGUGAACCUCAUGAGGAGAGCUUUGGCAGACCCUGCUUGCGUGGGCGUUCAUGUGAACACUCUCACAGGCAAAGGUGGAUUGAGUUACGACGCUCAGCUGGUUCGACAUUGGCCUCCGAGGAAUAUUUUUCAGAUUUCAGGAACUACUUCUGUGCAAUAUUCGGGGCAAGAAGGCAUAUGGAGAGGCACAGGACCCCCUGUGCCGUAUUUAAUUUCCAACGGCUGGAAAACCUGCUACAAGACUCGCAUAACUGUGGUCUGUGGGCUCUUGUUCGGUCAAAAGGAACGCUUGCCUUUCACAGUUUGGUGCGGGGUUCUUGGUGGUCCAGACUUUGUCAUUCCAUGCACCGAAGUCGACACAGUAGCUACUGUCCGAAAGGCUUUGGCAAAGCGGCUUUGCAGACAACCGCAUCAAGUUGAAUUUCGGAAUAUAGCUGGUCGCAUGCUGAAGACAACUGAGCCAAUGCAUACCAUGGCAUCAGUUGCCACGCAAAUCGAAGUUGCAAAUGCCACCUCUCUACACCUCCAGGCAGUAAUAGAGCAGGAGGGAAGCACAACAAGGUUUCUGCCAAACAAUCCCAAGGAGUGGAUUGAAGCAAAGUCCUCAACAUCCAGUUAUCUUUCGAGUCCCCGCAGGCUCAGCCAAGUGACAUUCAGAUUUGAGGUCACUGGGAUUGAAUUGAUUUUCCGUUGCAACCAAAAGGCCUUCACUUCAACUGAUGACCAUAGCCUUUACUUGCAUGCUUUGCCAGUGAGUUGGUGCAAUGGACAUGAUGGACAUGUCAAAUCGCUUUUACACGUUGCAAUUCAAUUCAGCGCAGCAUCCCACAACAUAUUUCGAAUUGUCCAGUUUUCCUCACAAGACUGGAUGGUGCAAAUCAAAGACAACGUGGCUUUGUCGCAACUGAUCAUCCCCGGGAUUUACCACAACAAGAAGACACUGGGUGAUGUCAUGUAUCACUUGCAGGGAGGAAAACGAGCAUUUGAGGCCCCCUUCGACACUUUGGAGGAAUUGAUGGCUGUGAUGACUGUUUGCCGCAGCUUUUUGAGUUCUCAGCCGACUGAGGCUGUUUUCAUCUUCUUGAUGAAUCCCAGCAAGGACACAAAAGCAGCCUUCGAAUAUAUUGAGAGCUCCUGGAGUAAUGUGCUUUGGUGGUUUUCGAUGGAUGACCGCAAGAUCGGAGCUGCUGUGACCAAGGUCAAGCAUGCGAGGGGGAAGAUAGUACUGAUUUCUGGACGCUCAGAGGAUGCUUUGCACUAUCUACCUGACCUGUCCACCAUGGCAGCAUCUGAGCGGAGAGAUUUCCACCUAGGAACCAUUCGAUCUGCUUCGCCCGACCAACUUUGCAAACUUAUGGAUCAGCUUGGAAACAUCAAGGAGGCAGGGGACAAACCACACCAUGACAAUCGGCUACGUAUCGUGUUUCUGGACAGUCAGUGCAGCCAAGAGAUAGUGACGUUAGUUGCUUGCCACAACUCUCUCAUGCCUAGCUACGUCCCUUGCCCUUCGGAUAACCAUGGUUUCUUUGGAAGAGCCGAACUUGUGGAUUUGACGACUCCUGGGUUGGGGAAUUGUUCGUGUUCCGACAAGGAGUGCAAACCCUGUGAGUACGCAAACAGAGACUUGUGGCACAGACUGGACGCCGAAAGUCAAGAUUCCAGUCACACCAGGUGCGCAGCCAAGCGCCUGGGGAACUUUUGCUUUCUUUGCAACACUUGCUUGCACCUUCGGGAUGAUUGUACGGUUGAGCAACGCUGCCAUUGCCAAUGCCAUGUAUUUGGACGUCCGCAACGUGGUGGGACCAAAAGAGGCAAAAAGCACAGAGACCGAUUUUGGGAAAAGUAUGGCAAACAACCUCAUGACAUGACAUCCCAGGACCACUGAGGGGUGCCCUGAUCUGCAGAUGCUGGAGCUCUGACAGUCUAUUGGUCAAGUGCCAAGGGCGUUCAUCACUAUCUGCGCUGGCCGGUGUGGUCUGAACUUCAGAACUUGAAAGCAGAAAAGACUGGCCUAGAAGGGAUCGCAGGGGCUCACAAUUGUUUGAUGUUUCUGCUAAAGUCAUGCUGCGCAAAGAAGAAUCGUUCAUGUUUGCUAAAGGGCAACGUAGUCACAGAUAGUUGGCAGAAGCCUUCUCCGGAUUAUUGCUCACCGUCAGACCUCAAUUCACCACCUGAUAGACGUGUCAAUGUUUGAUAUGUUGAAGUCGUGCAGCUCACCUGUACCUUAGAGCUUGGCUCAUCAAUCAAUGGAGGCGCAUGGCAACACAAUGUUUCUAGGCAAUGGUCAAGUUAUGCAACGAUUCUGCUUGAUCAUUUGACAGAGACCAAACUUUUU